AUGACGCAACCACCUCUUUGGUUGCGUAAGCACGUCGACAUCAGUCUAGCCAAUGGGCCGCUACCGUCUGGCAUCACGGUCACAAACACAGGCGAUACGCCUCGCUACCAAAUCUCGACAGGUGGCGUGCUGAGGAAAUUCUCACAUCACCCUCUGUCGCCCGAAGGAAGGAAUGAGUGGAAAGACGUGCUACCCAUGGCGCCAGUAGAGAACGGCAGCAAAGCCGAGACUCCCGGAGUUGCGCACCCACCCAUCAUCUACAAGCCUAGCGAGUGGUUGUGGAAGACGCAGGGUAGCUUCAAAGAAAUCCUUGCCAAGGCCUUUUCGAUCUCGAAUGCGAACAUCACCCCAGAACAAAUCGUAUCGAAGGAGACCAACAGGGCGGUUGAGGAACAUAUGAAGGCCUACAGCGUCCUCUACCAUCCGUGUGAUCGACGAUCGCUGGUCACAUACGACAAGGAACACUACCUUUCUUGCCUGGCUCGCCAUUUCAACAGAGGUCUGAUCGUGGUCGGGCCUGAGCUCAAGGAAAAGAAGAAGUAUCUAGCUCAUGGCUUUGCUAGUCCAAUAGAGCGACAAGCAAUUCGUGCGCGUUACAGCACAGGACUCCAGGAAGACUUCCCCCCGAUCAUUCUUGGAUACAUCCCUACCAGCGAAGAAUUCGCGAAAUGGUUCUACCUGGAGCCGACCGGAGCUAUGGUAGAGAGCUAUCAAAAAGCCAUGAAAGGGUACGUUUAUGCGCUCAGCUCUUUGUUGAAGUACGUCACUAACAACCACAGUUGCGACUGGGCCAACGAAGCUCGCAGGUUCGGAUACGACAACACCGACAAGUUCGUACGGGCUGCCGUCUCUAUCCAACGUUCGAUCGUGUUGGGCUUCUUGACAGUUCCAAAAGAGUACCUGGGCUACGCCAUCAUGGAGUACGGAAAAUACCUCGCAAAGCGUGGCAACCAGGGCUACGGCAAGGAACUCUUCGACCUUAAGAGGACACAGAAAUCGGCCGAUUCUUAUCCCCAGGUCACGUUCGAUGAGCUCACCCUGUGGAUACUGACGUCUGGAGGGGUCAGUACUGCAAGGCGCUUCUCGAAUGCAUGGAGCAAGGUCAUUCGACAAUACCUUGUCUUUCGGAGGAGCUUGAAUACAGCGGAUUGGGUCCAAUUUAUCCAAGCAGUAUCUGUUCUGCAGAAGCAGUAG